CAGCACCACCUGCAGUCUGAGUAACCACCCCACCUACAUCUGGUACAGGAACUCACAGCCUCUGAGUAACUCACACACAACCAGCAGCAACACCCUGUCCAUAGCCUCGGUUAGAACAGAUGAUGCUGGUUAUUACUCCUGUGCUGUAAGAGGACUUGAGGGUCACCCAUCACCAUCUAUGUGUGUUCUGAGUGGUUGGAGUGUGACCUACACCCCACAGAGCAUCUGUGCCUUGAAGGGCUCCUCAGUGGAACUCCACAGCUAUUACACAUAUCCUUGUGAUCAUGCAGUCACAAAGGCAUUCUGGUUUACCACAUGGGUGGAUGGUGAAGAGAACCCACAGGAUUUGAUACUGGAUGUAGGAGCAAGAUAUACUGGUGUAACUGUUGGACUCACAGUUACAGAACUGCAAGUGCUGGUGGAUCCUGCAACAGUGAAGAAGGGAGACAAAGUGACACUGACCUGCAGCACCACCUGCAGUCUGAGUAACAAUCCCACCUACAUCUGGUACAGGAACUCACAGCCUGUUAAUGAUCUACACACAGCUGACAACAGGCUGGAUAUAGACUCAGUCAGCAUUGAAGAUGCAGGCAAAUACUCCUGUGCUGUUAAGGGACAUGGGAUUCACAGUUCACCUGAGUUGAUUCUCAAUGUCAGAUAUGCCCCAAGAAACACAUUGGCAUCAGUCCAUCCUUCUGGUGAACCAGUGGAGGGCAGUUUAGUGACUCUGACCUGCAGCAGUGAUGCCAACCCACCAGUGCACAGCUACACCUGGUACAGGAAAACUGGAAAUGAAUCCACAUGGCUUGGACAAGGCUGGAGUUACAGCAUCACUAACAUCAGCACUGAACACAGUGGGCUUUACUACUGUAAGGGAGAGAACAAACAUGGAGCCAGUGAUUAAAGUGCCACAUUUGUGGAUGUCCACUACUCCCCCAGGAUGACCUCAGCAUCACUCAGCCCCUCUGGUGACCUUCAGGAGGGCGACUCAGUGACUCUGACCUGCAGCAGUGAUGCCAACCCACCAGUGCACAGCUACAGCUGGUACAGGAAGACUGGAGAUGAAACAGUUCUUCAGGGCACAGGGAGGAUGCCGAUC